GAAGCUGCCGAUCCAUGGGCACCUGGCUUUGAUCCUUGGAGUCGGGCAGCCGGCAGAGCAGCCCCGUUUCCGGAUGCCAAGGCUGCCAGUGCACAGCAAAAUCCCUGGCAAAAUUAUCGCCCGCCCAGCGCUGGAAUUGGAGCUGGGAAUCUGCCCAGAUCGUCAGACGAGGACAAGCCGGCUCGCAAGACCAAACUGUGCCGAUAUUUCCGGGAAAGCUACUAUUGCAAAGCAGGCGAGUUUUGCAACUUCGCCCACGGCGAGAAGGAUUUGAAAGAGAGGACAGAGGCUGCGAGCAAUUGGCGGACGGAGCGGUGUCCUAGACUUGUGAGAAUGGGUUGGUGUCGCGAGCCCGAUUGCACCUUCGCACACUGCGAGCAAGAGCUGCGCAAGGUGCAGAACCAGGCCCAGAUCAAUCUCAAGGGGACUCCGCCACCUCCUCCUCCUCCUCCAGAUCCGUGGGAUCCUCCCCGAAGGCGAUGGGAUCGGGCCAGAUGGCAGGCCGACGCCUACACCCACGCUGAGGCAGCGCUGUUCACAGCGGCUUUUUUGUUCCAGCCUAAGCCUGUGGCGCUUCGUCGGGCCGGCUGA